AAUGUCACAAACAUUUGCUAUAUUAUUGUUAAACCAAAACAGAGCUAGCCAUUGAAGAAAAACAGAGCCAUGGACAGAGAACAAGAAGAAAUGCAAUUUCUAGGACUCUUUGAAAUCUACAAAGAAUCCUACAAGAUCAUAAUUUCAUGGAGAAAAAUCUUCAGCCAAAUCACCUUAACUCUAAUCCUUCCUCUCACUUUCAUCUUCCUUAUCCACAUAGAAAUCUCCAACAUCCUCUUCAGAAGAAUCAUGAUCAACACACAAGAAAUAUUCGAAACACAACAAGGCACACAACAAUACCAAAAACUUUCUGACAUAAUCACUUCUGAAUGGACCACUUUCUUACUCUUUAAACUUGUUUACUACACUUUUCUUCUAAUCUUCUCUUUCCUUUCAACUUCUGCAGUGGUUUACACCAUAGCAUCUAUAUAUACUUCAAGAGAGGUGAAUUUCAAAAGUGUCAUGAGUGUUGUUCCAAAGGUUUGGAAGAAACUUAUGGUCACUUUCUUAUGCAUUUUUUUAGCUUUUUUUCUUUAUAAUAUUAUGGCAAUCUUAGUUUUCAUUAUUUGGGCACUUUUCAUUUCAUAUAAAACUGGUGGAAUUGCUACAAUAGUAAUCAUAGGAAUCUUAUACUUUGUUGGGAUUUUAUAUCUUACAAUAGUUUGGCAAUUAGCAAGUGUUGUGACAGUUUUAGAAGAUUCUUAUGGAGUUAAAGCUAUGAUGAAGAGUAAUGAACUGAUCAAGGGUAAAAUGGGUAUAUCAAUGCUCAUUUUUUUGAAGCUUAAUGUUUCAUUUUUUGGUAUACAAUUUUUGUUUACAAAUUUUGUUGUGAAAGGUUGGAGGUUGAGUUUGGUGGACAAAACAGCUUAUGGAAUACUAUGUUUUUUGUUGUUGUCACAUUUGUUUUUGUUUGGACUUGUUAUCCAAACGGUUCUUUAUUUUGUUUGUAAAUCUUAUCAUCAUCAGAGUAUUGAUAAGUCUACUUUGUCUGAUCAUCUUGAAGUUUAUCAUGGAGAGUAUGAACCUUUGAAGGAUAAAGAUGUUCAGAUGGAGAAUUACCAUGUUUGAUGUAGGUUGAUUAAAUUAAACUUGAAUAUUGUUAUGUAAAAUUGAAUAAUUCAAGCAUAUGUAUAAGUAGUAGUGAAUUAUGAGGAUUAUUAUCUGCAGCUACAUGUGGCUUUCUUUGUGA